UAGAAGAAGGCCAACCAUUGCCGAUAAGCAAUCCCUGAAUUCUGGUGGUACGCCCACCAUCCUCAUCCACUCAUUUCUCAUACCCUUUUUCUAAUUAAUUGCUUUUCUUUCAAUUCCCUUGUUUAGAUUUGGUAGUCUUUACCAUUAUUCAUGGUGGAGGGAACGAAAAGGGAAGAACAAAUCAUCAUUCUUCGAAUCCUUACCUAACCUUUGAAACCCAGAAAAGGGUUCUUCAGUGGAAGUCCAAAAUGGCUGUUGCUUCUUUAUGUCAAUCCACUAUGCAAUCCAAGGUCAGUGGGUUUAUCGGAGGUCUCACUUUUCAGAAACCACCUCUCUCUCAGCCUCCAUCUCUUACCUUUUCCAGGAGGAGGUUCAGAAAUGUGGUGAAAGCUUCAGCUCGGGUUGAUAAAUACUCAAAAUCUGAUAUCAUCGUCUCUCCCUCAAUCCUCUCUGCUAACUUUGCAAAAUUGGGAGAGCAGGUCAAAGCAGUGGAACUGGCUGGUUGUGAUUGGAUUCAUGUUGAUGUAAUGGAUGGCCGUUUUGUUCCAAAUAUCACAAUUGGACCUCUUGUCGUUGAUGCUCUACGACCCGUGACAGAUCUUCCUUUAGAUGUGCAUUUGAUGAUUGUGGAGCCUGAGCAGCGUGUGCCAGACUUUAUAAAGGCUGGUGCUGAUAUUGUGAGUGUUCAUUGUGAGCAAUCUUCCACAAUCCAUCUGCACCGCACCGUUAAUCAAAUAAAAAGUCUUGGAGCUAAAGCUGGAGUGGUUCUAAAUCCUGCUACUUCACUCAGCACAAUUGAAUAUGUCCUUGACGUGGUUGAUUUGGUCUUAAUUAUGUCGGUAAAUCCUGGUUUUGGUGGGCAAAGCUUUAUUGAGAGUCAAGUAAAGAAAAUCUCAGAUUUAAGAAGAUUAUGUGCUGAAAAGGGAGUGAACCCAUGGAUCGAAGUGGACGGUGGAGUCGGUCCAGCCAACGCAUACAAGGUCAUUGAGGCUGGAGCCAAUGCUUUAGUUGCCGGUUCUGCUGUUUUUGGAGCUAAAGAUUAUGCUGAGGCCAUAAAAGGAAUCAAAACAAGCAAAAGGCCAGAGGCAGUUCCAGUAUGAAAGUGACUUGUACAAGAGCAGACUUGUUUCGGUUGAUAGUAUUAUUGUGUUAUUCAAUGCCAUAGAGAAUCUCCAACUGCAUAGGUAGCAGAACAUUGUGUUCUUCAAGCUCUUAUGUCAGUAAUGGUUGCUACCUUCACAGUUUUAUUCCUUGUGAAAAGAAGCCUGUAGAUUGCCACUUGAAGAUUUGUUAUGUACUAUAACAUCUCAGUACAAAUUGAUUCUAAAUUCAAUAAUAUGAACUUGGGAGCAAUAAUAUUCUACUUUCCAUA